AUGUUCCAGCGGUGCGCGCGAUUCAUUGGCUUUCGCAAUGUCAUCGCCUUUACGGCUGGCUUGGGCGUCCUGCUUCUAUGUAAUAGCAUCUUACUGCUCUGGCAAUUCCGCUCGCCUUCACAACCCGCACAUCACGACAAGCUGAUUCAGCAUGGACCAAGCACGCAGGAAAUGCAUCCCAUCGAUGAGCUCAUGGUUGACGCGCAACGCAAAUUUGGAGAGCUCAUCUCAGAACGGACAUACGAUCUAAAUUCGGCAGCCGAAGCAUAUCGACAAAGGCGCGGGCGCAAUCCACCACCUCACUUUGACGCUUGGUUUGAGUAUGCGCAAAAACACGAUGCGGUCAUCGUGGAAGGACUGUUCGAUCAGAUCUACCGUGAUUUGAGACCUUUCUGGGGUGUGCCUGCAAAGAGUAUGCGCGGCUUUGCACAACACUAUGAACAUCGCAUCUCAGUAAGAAACGGUACCGCCACCAGGACGGAAGGCCAGGGUCCAGGCACGCCGACGGACCGUAUGUUCGCGUGGUGGGACAUGGUCAGGCGCAUGGAAGGCAUGCUACCUGAUCUCGAUAUCGCCGUCAAUCUUAUGGAUGAGAGUCGAGUCAUCGUACCGUGGGAGGAGAUGAGCAAUUACACCGAGAUUGAGACCCUGACGAGGAAAAUACUGCCGGGUGACGAGACCAUCUUUGAGUACGGCAGCUUCCAAGCCUUGGAUGAGACGUCCGGAGAGCCGCCUCAGGUGAACUGGAUGGGACCGGGCGAGCCAUAUUGGGAGUUGGCGCGGAAAGCAUGUCCACCCGAUUCACCUGGCCGGAACAAAGUCGCCGCCACGAACCUUGCUGGACCUCUUCCUUUUCCUCGGGGCUAUCCAGAGCACUCGUAUAAAGGCUACGUGCAGAACUGGGACUUGGUGAGAGAUGCUUGCCAACAAAAGCAUCUACAAGAGUCCCAUGGAACAUUCAUCGAACCGGUUUCGAUAUCAACGACUCACGCUCUAGUGCCCAUCUUCGGUGAAACGAAGUUGCAGCAAAAUUCGGAUAUCCUCAUUCCUCCCGCUGCCUAUCUCUCUGAGGCGUUUGCAGGCGGUGACUACUCAGGCACGAAUCGCGAUGGCAAGAAUUGGUCGGAGAAAACAGCAGGCGCUGUAUGGCGGGGUGUCGCCAGUGGAGGUCGUAACAAGGCAGAGAACUGGACGCGCUUCCAUCGGCACCGCUUCGUUUCCAUGUUAAAUGGGACAUAUGUGCACAACCUUGAGAUGGACUCAAAGGCAGCGGAAGGAGGCCAAACAUACAGCCCGCAGUCAUACACCACGUAUCAUCUAGAAGCGACAAGACACAUGAACAUGGGUACUUGGCUCGACCGGAUUGCGAAUGUCGGCUUCACGGACCUUUUGUGCUUCCCACAGUCUGGCAAGCGGACUUGCGACUACAACGAGCCGUGGUUCGGGACUGUAGAGAAGAUCCCCAUGUCCAAACAGUUCAACUACAAGCUCCUCCCUGAUAUCGAUGGCAACUCCUUCUCUGGGCGUUAUCUCUCUUUCCUACGUUCGACGUCCGUUCCCAUAAAGGCGACGAUCUACUCCGAAUGGCACGACGACCGACUAAUACCAUGGCUGCACUUUGUGCCAAUGGACAACUCGUUUGUCGACAUGCACGCUAUCUUGGACUAUUUCCUAGGCACUGGAGACGACCAUGUGGCGAUGCUGUAUGGUGCCCACGACAAAGCAGCGGAGAAGAUCGCAUUCAGCGGCCAGGAGUGGGCUUCUCAGGUCUUACGCACCGAGGAUAUGGAUCUUUACACUCUGCGGUUAUUGCUCGAAUACGCCAGGCUUUGCGACGAUAACCGAGAGCAGCUGGGCUUCGCUGGACACGUAACCAAAGGCAGCUCAGGAGACAAAGCAUGA